AAAUGUUAGCAGUUUCUGGUUGUGUACACACUUUUUCUUUUCUUUUGUGAAUAGCAUUUGGUUGCACGUUUCUCCUGCGACAACUGGCAAAAUGCAAAUCUUUGUGAAAACACUCACCGGCAAGACCAUCACCUUGGAGGUGGAGCCUUCUGACACCAUUGAGAAUGUCAAGGCCAAGAUCCAAGACAAGGAGGGCAUUCCCCCAGAUCAGCAGCGUCUGAUUUUCGCUGGUAAGCAGCUGGAAGAUGGUCGCACAUUGUCGGACUACAACAUCCAGAAGGAAUCCACACUUCACUUGGUGCUCCGUCUGCGUGGUGGUAUCAUUGAGCCAUCUCUGCGUAUUCUGGCCCAGAAAUACAAUUGCGACAAGAUGAUCUGCCGCAAAUGCUAUGCACGUCUGCAUCCCCGUGCCACCAACUGCCGCAAGAAGAAGUGCGGACACACUAACAACUUGCGCCCCAAGAAGAAGUUGAAGUAGACGAUACGUUUGUUUGCGAUGGCGACCAAGAAGUGGCGGGAAGCGUUGACAACAUCUAAUGAAAUACUUAAACAUUUAAGUAAAAUAUAAAAAAAUUUACAUUUUCCCAUGUAAACCCAAUCAGCAAUUAUUAUUUUGUAUGAUUUGAAACCAACCAAAAUGUAUGCACUCCACACAGCCGUCACCACAA